UAGGUGUCCCUGUCCAUUGCAAGGAGUUGGACUGGAUGGCCUUUAAGGGUCCCUUUCAAUUCACAUGGUUCUGUGUGCCAUCUCAUCUCCUUCCCGUCAGUCUUGUGAUCGACAUGAAGUUUCCCAAAGCUAAUUUCCCAGGCUAUCCAGGUGAUGAACUCGAACGCUGGGAUGAAGACCAAGGACCAACGGAAGAACAAAACCUGGUGAUGUUGGUCUGGAGGUUAUGACAGAAGGGCGCAUACCUGCAGGAGACCUACAUAUCACUGAGUGACCCCGACACCGGGGGGAACAUCGCGUGGGCCUGCAGCACGCCCCGACCCCCUGCCGUUCAGCUGCUCCCGUUCCCUUCUCGGGCGCGGGCCGCCCAGCCCGAGGCGCUGCUCGGCGCUGCUCGGCGCGGGGCGGGACUGGAGCAACCCAAAAUCACCGCCGCCGCGCUCGGGACGAGCCUCGCGGGGGGGCUGCGCGGUGCGGUGCCGGGGAGGAGCGCAGCAGCGCUAGUGGCUGCACCCAGAGCCCGGCUGUGGAGAUGUGGCCGCAGAGGGGAGGGGAGCGAGAGCGGCGGCGCCUUCCCCCCGGAGAAGAACGAAGUUAAAUAGGCAGCGCGCUUCCGCCGCGGUCCUCUCCCCUCUUGGCUCCCAGCCUCCGGCGAGACCCCUCCUUCCCGCCCGCCGUGCCCGUGCUGCCGCCCCGCCCGGGCCGCGGGGCAGAGCGCGGCGCAGUACGGUGCGACCCCCCGGCACCGCACGCCCCGCGGAGCCGCGACGCCGUUCGCUCCCGGGAUUCCAUGCCUGAGGCGCCGCGUCCCGCCGAGCCGCCCGUCUGACAGAAGGACCCAGCCAGCUGCAUGGGAGGAGAUGAGCGUGGCGGGGAAGCAGCCGCCUCCAGCACCGCUUGAGCGCCCCGGCAGCCUCCUCGUCCCCACCUGGACUAAAACUGGUAUUGCUUUGUUGUAUGAUGAAGUAUCUGAAAAUGCUCAUGACAUCCGACUGAAGCUCACGAAAGAGGUAUUAACAAUUCAAAAACAAGAUGUCGUCUGUGUUAGUGGAAGUGAUCGCAGUGCAAAUCACAGAACUGUUACACUUCAUAGACAACCAGUUGGUGGCUUGGGCUUAAGCAUAAAGGGUGGUGCUGAGCACAAAGUGCCUGUCGUCAUAUCAAAAAUGUUUAAAGACCAAGCAGCUGACCAAACUGGAAUGUUAUUUAUAGGAGAUGCAAUAAUACAGGUUAAUGGUAUUAAUGUAGAAAGUGCUACCCAUGAAGAAGUGGUACACCUACUGCGAAAUGCUGGUGAUGAAGUUACCAUUACUGUUCAGUACUUCAGGGAAGCUCCAUCAUUUUUAAAGCUCCCAUUAGGUUCCCCUGGACCAUCCAGUGAUCACAGUAGUGGAGCUUCAUCACCUCUCUUUGACAGUGGCUUACAUUUAAAUGGGAACUCAGCUAACACUGCUCCAUCAUCACCUUCUUCGCCCAUAGCUAAUGAACCAAAAUAUGAAAAGCGCUGGCUAGACACCUUGUCAGUUCCUUUGUCAAUGGCUCGAAUCUCGAGGUACAAAACUGGAACAGAUAAAUUGAGAUCUAAUGCAUUUGAAGUGCUGGCACUCGAUGGAGUUAGUACUGGGAUACUUCAGUUUUAUACAGCCCAGGAGAGUGCUGACUGGCUGAGAGCAAUAUCAACUAACAUCAGUGAUUUGACACUGCAAAAUAUGAAAAUGGCAAAUAAAUGCUCUUCUCCCUCAGACCAGGUCAUUCAUAUGGGAUGGGUACACGAGAGAUUUGAAGGAACUGAUUCAUCUCAGCUCUACAAAUUCAAGUUUCUGGCACUGAAGGGUUCAUCCUUCUACAUUUUCAGUACUCCACCGGUAAGCACACUAGACUGGGUACGAGCUGAAAAAAUGUAUAACCUCUGUGAGGUUCUAUUUAAAAUUCACAAGAUGAAGAAUCACAUACUGAAACAUAUCUUUCAGCUCUGGCUUGCUGACGAUUGCUGGCUACAAGCAAACUUGUAUUUUGGUAUUCAUCAAGACUUCGAUUUUGAAGACCACAGGCCCUAUUGUUUCAGUGUUAUGGUUGGACAUGGCAAGAGUCAUUGUUUCAAUGUAGAGCUGGGCAGCGAGUUGGCAGUUUGGGAGAAAUCAUUUCAAAGAGCAAUUUUCUUGGAAGUUCAAAGAACUGGGUCUAAAACGUAUAUGUGCAGUUGGCAAGGGGAUACUCUGUGUUUCACAGUUGACUUUGCUCUGGGAUUUACCUGUUUUGACAGCAAAACAAAGAACGUACUGUGGAGGUUUAAAUUCUCUCAGCUGAAAGGCUCUUCAGAUGAUGGGAAAACAAAAGUAAAGCUGCUUUUUCAGAAUCCAGACACCAAACAAAUAGAGACAAAGGAACUUGAAUUUCAGGAUCUGACGGCAGUUUUACAUUGUAUUCACUCCUUUAUAGCUGCAAAAGUGGCAUCUGUGGAUCCAGUAUUCAUAGACAGCCAGAGUAUUGCAAGAAAAUAUAUGUACAGUAACUGAUAUAAAUGUUGUGACUAUGGCAAAUAAAUUAUUUUCUUAAAGAAAGUAGUUAUUUCAUGCACAA